GGCUGGCGGAAUCGGGGCAGCGACAGGGUCCGCGAGCGUCGGAGCCGGCGUUGGAGCCCCCGGGUGGUGUGACGGGUUGGGGCGUGGGGUGCCCAGGCCUCGACAGCCGCCUCUCUUCGCAGCAAACGUGACUUUCCCGCGUCCCCUGGCGGCGCCGCCUCCCUCCGCCGGGAAACCUCCGGGUGGGUCAGAAUGCAAAAGCCGUGUACCCCGCCGCCCUCGACUCUGAGAGUUUGUGGUCUUUGUUUCCUCGAGGUGAACUCAGAUUCCGCUUUCCAAUUCCUACACGCCCAAGUGGUGUCGUGGAGGACGGAUGUUGUUGCCCCGAGAGCGCAGCUGCGUUAGCCCGGAGGGUGGGCGACCCCCCACCUGAGGUCGAGAGUGGGUUCGGGUUACCUGUGAGGACCCAGGUGGAACAGGCCUCGUGAGCGGAGGGUGCGGAAAUCAUUAACCUGUGGUCGGCGGAUCUUUGGUCUGAGGCUUUAAUGCGUGGCUACCCUUUAAGUUCCCUGUGAUUUGAACCCUUUCCAUCUCCUUUAAAGUGCAUUUGGCUCUAUGGAUUCCCGCAAUUUUAGCAUUGGUAUGUGCCAUCUAGAAAUGCUUUGAGAUUUUUUGGUUUUGUGAUUUUUAGUGGUGGUUACUUGGAAGUGUUGAAGAGAGAAAGAAUUCAUCCCUUGAUACUUAAACUCUUCAUUGUUUCAUUUUGCGCAGUGACUUCUGAACCAUGAGUAGAAUUUCAGUUCUGUGCAAGAUUACAUGGGGCAUACUUGAGAUACAGGGAUAAAUACAGAGCACAACAGUUUCUAAGUCUUUAUCAAGGUAAAAAAGAUUAGACUGUUGUGUGUUUUGAAUCUCUACUUGGUCACUGGGUUGAUAAUUCACCCAACCAAUCUGUGAAGUGCUUUAUUUAUUUGACAAACACUUAGACAGCUCUUACUAUGUGUUAGGCUCUUUCUAAGUGCUUUAUAAAUAUUAACUCAAAUGAUGAACUCAAAAUGUUAAAUCAUAGCGGUUCUAGCAAUGAAGAGGCUGCGGGUACUUCAGUUUCCCGAAUGUUGCUGCAAGAGCUAGAAACAUGAGAGGAAGUUUUCAGGCAUAUUUUAGGACUGGGUGUGCCUUCUGGCCCUCUUGGCUUCCAGUCCUCUAAGCAAGACGACACCCCUCCUCUCCCUGAGGGAAAGGAGUCUAGAGGAAUGGGAAUGGCACCUCUUCUUUCUAGGUCUUUGGCCAGAUCCCUGGCAUCUUCUAUAAGGUGGUCCUUCUUAACUGCUGUAGUGCCCAUCCUUAGCUAACCCUCAAGAGACCAGAACUUCCACAUUUCUUCAGCUGCCACUGAAGUGAGCCUAAUUUUGUUUCCUUCCUAAUAUGUUUGACAGUUAAUGUGAUAAACGAGGAUCAGACUGAACUUGAAAUAUACUAUAAAAUAGAACAUUUUACUUGAACACAUCAACAUAACAAAUAAUGCUUUGUACUUUUACUGUCAUUUGCUAGAGGUAACAUUGAGUUGAUGGGUCAACUGUGUAGGUAACCAUUUUUGUGAUUUGCAGGUACAUAGAAUAUUUUCCAGAAUUAAACAUCCUCUUCAUCGUGCCUUGGCCUGAUGGCCAGAUUGAAACCUCAAAUGGUUGCAUGAUGGAAUGUGAACAUUACCUCGAGAGGUUUUAUGUUUUGGAUUAGCUAAUAGUGUUUGUCCUCUGCUGACUGUUUCUUCGGACUCACUUUUUGGUGUCCUUUUGAGGCAAUAAACCAAAAGGGAUUAUACCAUGGACUACAAGGAAAGCUGCCCAAGUGUAAGCAUCCCCAGCUCUGAUGAACACAGAGAGAAAAAGAAGCGGUUUACUGUUUAUAAAGUUUUGGUCUCAGUGGGCAGGAGUGAGUGGUUUGUCUUCAGGAGAUAUGCAGAGUUUGAUAAGCUUUACAAUACUUUAAGGAAACAGUUUCCUGCUAUGGCCCUGAAGAUUCCUGCCAAGAGAAUAUUUGGUGAUAAUUUUGAUCCAGAUUUUAUUAAACAAAGAAGAGCAGGACUGAAUGAAUUCAUUCAGAACUUAGUUAGGCAUCCAGAGCUUUACAACCAUCCAGAUGUCAGAGCAUUCCUUCAAAUGGACAGUCCAAAACAUCAGUCAGAUCCAUCUGAAGAUGAGGAUGAAAGAAGUACUCAGAAGCUACACUCUACCUCACAGAACAUCAACCUGGGACCAUCUGGAAAUCCUCAUGCCAAACCAACAGACUUUGAUUUCUUAAAAGUUAUUGGAAAAGGCAGCUUUGGCAAGGUUCUUCUUGCAAAACGGAAACUAGAUGGAAAAUUUUAUGCUGUCAAAGUGUUGCAGAAAAAAAUAGUUCUCAACAGAAAAGAGCAAAAACACAUUAUGGCUGAACGUAAUGUGCUCUUGAAAAAUGUGAAACAUCCCUUUUUGGUUGGAUUACAUUAUUCUUUCCAAACAACUGAAAAGCUUUAUUUUGUUCUGGAUUUCGUUAAUGGAGGGGAGCUGUUUUUUCACUUACAAAGAGAACGGUCCUUUCCUGAACACAGAGCUCGGUUUUAUGCUGCUGAAAUCGCCAGUGCUUUGGGUUACCUGCACUCCAUCAAAAUCGUGUACAGAGACUUGAAACCAGAAAAUAUUCUUUUGGAUUCAGUGGGACAUGUUGUCUUAACAGAUUUUGGGCUUUGUAAAGAAGGAAUUGCUAUUUCUGACACCACAACCACAUUUUGUGGGACACCAGAGUACCUUGCACCUGAAGUAAUCAGAAAACAGCCCUAUGACAAUACUGUAGAUUGGUGGUGCCUUGGUGCUGUUCUGUAUGAAAUGCUGUAUGGAUUGCCUCCUUUUUAUUGUCGAGAUGUUGCUGAGAUGUAUGACAAUAUUCUUCACAAGCCCCUAAACUUGAGGCCAGGAGUGAGCCUCACAGCCUGGUCCAUUCUGGAAGAACUGCUAGAGAAAGACAGGCAAAAUCGACUUGGUGCCAAAGAAGACUUUCUUGAAAUUCAGAAUCAUCCUUUUUUUGAAUCGCUCAGCUGGACUGAUCUUGUACAAAAGAAGAUUCCACCACCGUUUAAUCCUAAUGUGGCAGGACCAGAUGAUAUCCGGAACUUUGAUGCCACGUUUACAGAAGAAACAGUUCCAUAUUCCGUGUGUGUGUCUUCUGACUAUUCCAUAGUGAACGCCAGUGUCCUGGAAGCAGAUGAUGCAUUUGUUGGUUUCUCUUAUGCACCUCCUUCGGAAGAUUUAUUUUUGUGAACAGUUUGCCAUCUUGAAACCAUUGAGCAAAGAUAAGCCUAUGGAUGAGAUGGAAACAACUGUUUGUGUGAAUAUAUUCAAAUGUGUUUUAACUAGUGCCUCAUUUUUACAUGUAAUGUUAAAAACUAUGAAAAAUGUAUUUUCUGCUGUAUGCAAGAAAAUAGGGCAUUUCAGAGAGCUAUGUUUUGAAUUCAGAUUUGUAUUCUUGUUUAUUAAGCUUAUUUUUAAACAGAAAAUUUAAAAGCUAUUGUUCUUAGCAUUAACCUAUUUUUAAAGAAAACUUUUUUGCUAAUGACUGUUUUUUUUCCCUCUAUGUUUACACUAACAUCUACCCAAGAUAGACUGUUUUUCAACAGUCUAUUUCAAUUCACUUAACAUAUAUUAAUGCCUUUGUAGCUCUCUACCUUGACCUUUGUCCUCAGAUCACAACUAUGCAAUUGGUACAUGGUUGUUUAAGAAGAAACCAUUAUCUUUCCAUAAUGAAUCACUGUUUGACAUAAUCAUUUCUUGGUAGGACUAAAAUGUAAAAGCAUACUUAAUUCAUUGGCUACUAGCUAACACUUUGAAUAACCAUUUGUUCUGCAGAUCAAAUUAAGAAGUAACAAAAGGAAAUACUAUGCUUUUGAAAUCCCAGUUCAAAUUUGUGAAUUAUUUUUCCUCUGGAGGAAAGGUAAAAGUUAGAAAUUUUAAGUAUUCCCAAAGAUCCGAAGGGAAAUAAAGUACUGCUGAAUUUUUUUUUUUUUUUUAGGUGGUGCCAGAAUUGAAUGUCUCCAUGUCAUUUAUUUAUAUUACCAAUACAUUCUAUUUAUGUUCUUUUUGGUCCUUUGAAUAUUUAAUAUAUUGUUAAGUAGGUCUAAAUCUUGGUAUUUGCAUUUGCAAAAAGCUAUUCAAAACUGUCUUCCUAAUUGGAUGAUAAGUAAAAAAUAUUGAGCUGUCUAGACUAUUUAGCUAAUUGGGAAUUAAAAAGUAGAAUAGCAAAUUAUGAGUCAAUAUAAAGGUUUACAGUUUCACUACAAUGUAACAAAAGUUAAAAAUAAUUUAGGCAGAUGCAUAGUCACUAUCUUAUGCAUCUUAGAAAAAGUACAGGAAACUGACCUUAAAGUCAUACUUAAAAGCCAACUAACUUAUGUACUUAUAAUUGUAGAAGAUAAAUAUUAUAGAAAACCUAAAAAUAAUGCUUACCUUGGAAUUCUCAGUUUUAGUUUAGAGAUUUUUCAAGUCAUAUAGAAAAGAGUGAAGGAGUUUAAUGAUGCAGUCUUGUCUUCAUGCUUCAAGAAUUAGCAUCUUUCCAUGUAUUUUCUCUUGAGAAAGAAAUUACAAAAACAUUUCACACCAGUAUCCUUUAGCUUAAAAUUGUUCUGCAGAAAGGGGAAAGGAGUGUACUUUUAUUAGAUUAAUAAUAUUUGCAUCCAAUACACUGAAUCUUCCUUUAGAGGUAAGACUUUAACAGUGACACUGUAAAUACUUGGUUUGUUUGGCACUACUGUAAGUUCUGCUUUUACACAAAGUUUUAUGCUUAUAAAGCAAAAUAAAAACUGUAGUUUCUUGUAUGAUUUUUUUAUAUAACUCAUCCACUCCUUAAACUGCCAAAAAUUAAAGUGCAAUAUUGUAUAUUUUUAAGAACAAAUUUUAAAAAGAAUGUUGAUGUUUCUUGGAUUGCAAGAAAUACAGAUCUUAUACAGUAUAAUAAAAAUUAGCAAAAAGAUUAA